GUCAGCCUUGCCGCCAGCUGACUUGGGAGCCCUGGCAAGCAAACCCUUUUCUUCCCCUUCCAACUUCCCUCUCCGUCCCCCAUCCAUCUCUGUCGCCAUCCACCCCGACACCAUGGCGACCGAUCCUAACCCCUUGAACCUCGAUGCGCAAAUCCACCCUCUGGCGCAUGCCCGUGAGCAUGUCCUCUUCGAUCUGUUAGCCCGAUACCUGCCCGCCGACUCCCCGAUCACGGCCGCACAAGCCGCCCGCGAAAUCAACGCGCACUUCCCCUACUUCCAGCCACGAUAUGACCCUACCCUCCCUCACCAAGAAUCCGGUCAAGACUUUUGUUUCAACUUCUGGGAGCUCGCGUUCCGUCUUCCUCCCCAACUGGAUUACCGGGAGGAACCCAUGCAACGGUUUCUCGCCCUCCGGGAUGCAUUGAGCGAACUGCCCCCUGUGAUUCUCAAAGACGGCGACGAAUUCGAUGGUCGGUCGGCAUGGAAUCCCCCUUUCUAUUUUCACAUGAUGCUUAUCGAGCGCUUGAAUCAGAUCGGCAACCCCGAAGAAGUAGGCGACAAAUGGGAUAUACGCUGGCGAAACAUGAACGGGUUCUUAGCUCACCUGACCAACUCCGGAAAAAGAUCCUAUCUCGGUAAUGCACUUACGACGAUUCGAAUGGGUCUGGAAGAGAAUCCACGGAAGGCACAACCAAAGAAUAUCACGUACAAUUGCCGAGCUCCGGCUGCUGCUAUUUGGUUUAUCCUAUGUGCGCCCAAAAUCUAUGCUGGGUGCCGGGAGGGGAUAUCGAGUGGGAGGCCUAGUAUGAGUCUGUGGACUGGGGAGUCGGGAUUGAAUCUUCCACGAUGGGAAUUUUGGUUGGAGAGGCUCGAGACUCUAAAGGGCCAUUCGGUAACCACGCAGGAGACGAAGGAUAUGUGUCAGGCUGCGAUUGAGGCGAUGAAUCGUUGCACGGUGGAUGGUUGAUUGGUGGUCAUCCAGAUCUAAAUGUGUUUUCGAGGUUUCGUAGCAUAAUUAUUUAGAAGAUUGAAUUGACAGCUGGC